AUGGGGCCCUACCUCUACAGGCCACUAGAGCACCCCAGUGAUAUAAGGCUUCUUCGUCUUCACGCAGCUCCAGCUGCUGCAGCUGCGCAAUUCGAAGCCCCAAUUCAGAUCGACAUAGAGCACCACGUAUGGCUGUCACCAGCUGCCAAAUUAAGGUUCGACCUUGACGCUGCUUAUCACGAGGCCCGAGGCGAAUUAGCAACUGCACGCGACGAGUUAGAAGCCUGCAAAUCGUUUCAGCAAUUUGCAAAUCGCGAUCUCGGGCAGUCGCGUACGGAUACACAUCAUGCGCAACGCCAGACCCACGCCUAUGAGGUUGCGAAGGCGAAAUUCGAUGAGCAAUCUGCAAGUUACCGGGCGCGACGCAGAGAAGAUGCGUCAGAAGCCACUAGACCACCCCUUUCGAAACCGAAGUACGUGGCGGUAUCAUACGCUUGGGGUACUGACAUGUCGACCGAGACAAUAUCCAUCAUUGGAGAGGAUGGAGACGUCCAGUCACUUCGAGUGCGCCAAAAUGUGGCUGAAAUGCUGCGGUAUCUGCGAAUAUCAUCAAGCGAUCGACUAUUGUGGAUUGAUUCACUGUCGAUCAAUCAAGCCGAUUUGGAAGAGAAAGAGAGCCAAGUCAAACAGAUGGGAGCCAUAUAUGCGGAUGCUAGCCGUGUUGUGAUCUGGCUGGGGCCACUGCAAAACAGCGGGCACUUGACGCACUCCUACACCGAGAAUCGCCGUAUUAAGUUCAGUUUCCACAAGGCCGGACUUGAGCCUUCUCUGGGUCUCCUCAAACUCCCCUGGUUCCAUCGUCGAUGGAUUAUCCAAGAAGCUGGACUCGCAUCAGAAGCGAUAUUGAGGCAUGGCAUAAAAAAGAUCGAAUUCCAAGAAUUCGUGCGUCGCAUUGAACGCCUACAGCGGUCAGCCGAGGCUGCUUCAACUGCAUUCACCCCCGAGGACAGAGUAGUGGUCGACCGCCUCCGUGCCAUGGCAAAUCUACAAACAUCAAGUCGAGGACAAUUUCUUCCCAGGGGGCUGAUGAAUCUCCUGCUCAGCUUUCCUGCCGCAAAGUGCUCAGAUGAUCGCGAUAUACUUUACGCCCUGGCCAGUCUCAGUGUAACUUCGCUACCCAUCAGCUACCAUAUGACUGCCGAGGAACUCUACAUGGAUUUCGCCCGCUUGGAAGCUAUACAGCAUCCGUCGAUUCUGUUGAGUGUUGCCGGCGCUCAUCCCACAUCGUCGAGGUUCCUACCCUCCUGGACGCCUGACUGGCGUGCGCAGUCUAUCUACCAACCAAACACUAAUCGCAGUUUCGACAGUGCCUACAAAUCCAAGAUCCAAUGGAACCAAUUAAUCAUGCGCGACGAAAACACCUUGAACGUCAUGGCAAAGCAAAUGGACGAGGUUGCAAGAGCGGCGCUAUUGGUAUGGGGCCAGAGGGGAUAA